AUGCCUGAUUUGUCAAAUGCCAUAAUGGCGCAGGAUGAGAUGGGGAGACCUUUCAUCAUCGUCAGAGACCAGGGCAAAAAACAGCGGAAACACGGUGUCGAGGCCACCAAAUCUCACAUCUUGGCUGCCAGAGCUGUGGCCUCGAUUGUCAAGACGUCUUUGGGUCCUCGUGGGUUAGAUAAAAUUCUCGUCAGUCAGGACGGAGACAUCACCAUCACCAAUGACGGAGCCACCAUUUUGUCGCAGAUGGACUUGGAUAACGAAAUCGCCAAGCUAUUGGUUGAGUUGUCCAAAUCUCAGGAUGACGAAAUUGGAGACGGCACCACGGGCGUGGUCGUCUUGGCUAGUGCCUUGUUGGACCAGGCGCUUGAACUCAUCGAAAAGGGCAUUCACCCCAUCAAGAUUGCCAACGGUUUCGAUGAAGCGUGCAAAAUUGCUAUUGACGAGUUGAAUGCUGUGGCGGAUGAGAUCAACAUUUCUCAUGAGUCUACCGACUCCAACUUAUUGAAAGCGGCAAAGACCUCUUUGGGAUCCAAAAUUGUAUCAAAAGCGCACAACCAUUUUGCCCAGAUGGCUGUCGACUCUGUAUUGGCGGUAGCCGAUCUCGAGCGUAAAGAUGUUGACUUCGAAUUGAUCAAGAUGGAGAGCAAAGUGGGGGGUGGAAUCGAAGACUCGACUCUUAUCAAGGGUGUUCUCUUAGAUAAAGAAUUUUCACACCCGCAAAUGAUCAAGGAGGUAAGAGACUGCAAGAUUGCAAUCUUGACUUGCCCAUUUGAGCCACCAAAGCCAAAAACAAAGCAUAAGUUGGACAUCUCGACCGUCGAGGAAUUUAAAGUCCUACAAGAAUACGAACAGAAGAAGUUCCAAGACAUGAUUCAGCAGGUGAAGGACUCCGGCGCCAAUGUUGUCGCCUGUCAGUGGGGGUUUGACGAUGAAGCCAACCAUUUAUUAUUGUCCAACAACUUGAAUGCCAUCAGAUGGAUUGGCGGGUCUGAGUUGGAGCUCUUGGCCAUCGCCACCAACGGUAACAUUGUCCCAAGAUUUGAAGACUUGUCUGCCGAAAAGCUAGGAAAGGCUGGCGUGAUCAGAGAGCUUGAGUUCGGUACGACAAGAGACCGCAUGCUUGUGGUUGAGGAGUGCUCGAACACCAAAGCUGUCACCUGUUUCAUCAGAGGCUCUAACGAAAUGAUUGUCGCCGAGGGCAUUCGCGCCUUGCAUGACUCGAUUUGCGUUGUUCGUAACUUGAUCAGAGACAACAGGGUCGUCUACGGUGGUGGUGCCGCUGAGUUGGCCAGUUCGAUUGCCGUUAGUGCGGCCGCAGACAAACAAAAGGGCAUUGACCAGUACGCCUUCAGAGCUUUUGCUGCUGCUUUGGACCAGGUUCCUAUGAUUCUUGCGGAAAACUCUGGCUUGGACCCAAUUGAGACUCUUUCGACUCUUAAAUCGAAGCAAGUCCUUGAGAAGUCGUCGCACUUGGGUGUCGACUGCUUGGGCAAGGGUACAACCGACAUGAAAGAGCUUUUCAUCAUCGAUCCGUUGAUUGGCAAGAAGCAACAGUUGUUGUUGGCUACGCAGUUGACGAGAAUGAUUUUGAAGAUCAACGAUGUGAUCAUCAGUGGUAAGGACGAAUACUAG